UGCGGCGGCCGCGGGAGCAGCAGCAGCAGCCUGGUGGGAAUCCCGGCGCAGGUUGAUGUCUCCUCAGUUGAUUAGGCAGCCCUGCCGCUCUCCGCCUUUGCUCCCUGCCUGGGCUCAGCAGCAGCAGCACCCCCAGCCCAACUUUCUUUUGCGCUCUGCUGCCGCCUGCUCCUCGGGGAGACCUUCUUCUUCUUCUUCUUCUCCCCUUUGAUCCGAGGCCAUGAGGAGUGCCCCGGAGGAGCACUAGCUGCUGCCCCCCCCCCAUCAUCUCCUCCUCUCCCCGCGCCGCCCGCAACCACCCCAACCCCCUCUGGCUCCUUCUUCUUCUUAAUUGUUUGCAACAGCAUCCGUGGCAAUGGCUACUCCGGGUCGGAUCCCUGGCGCGCCUCUGGUGCCUUGCCUUCUACUGGUGGCGGCGGCGGCGGGGGCUGCGGCGGCGGCGCCCUCCGGGUCCGGGCAGGCGGUCUCCUUCCACGCGGAUGUGAACGGCCACAGCUUGCACCCGCCCUACUUCAACCUGGCCGAGGGCACCAGGAUCUCCGCCACCGCGACCUGCGGCGAGGAAGACUCCGGCGCCAAGAUCCCCAGACCCGUGGAGGAUUUGUAUUGCAAGCUCGUGGGCGGCCCGGUGGCCGGAGGAGACCCCAACCAGACCAUCCAGGGGCAGUACUGUGACAUCUGUUCAUCAGUGAACAGUAACAAAGCCCAUCCCAUCACUAACGCUAUUGACGGCACAGAACGCUGGUGGCAGAGCCCUCCUCUUUCUCGUGGGCUGGAAUUUAAUGAGGUCAACGUCACCUUAGAACUUGGACAGCUGUUUCAUGUGGCCUAUGUUCUGAUCAAGUUUGCAAAUACCCCUCGUCCAGACCUGUGGGUGCUUGAGCGGUCAACUGAUUUUGGACUUACAUAUGAGCCUUGGCAGUACUUUGCCUCUUCCAAGAGAGAUUGUAUAGAAAGGUUUGGCUUGAAGACUGUGGAACGGAUCACCAAGGACAAUGACGCCAUUUGCACCACGGAAUAUUCUCGCAUUGUGCCCUUGGAGAAUGGGGAGAUUGUAGUCUCUUUGGUGAAUGGACGUCCAGGAGCCAUGAAUUUCUCUUAUUCUCCUCUCCUGAGGAAUUUUACCAAAGCCACCAACAUUCGAUUGCGUUUCCUGCGGACGAACACCCUACUUGGGCAUCUGAUGGGGAAAGCCUUACGAGACCCUACCGUGACCCGGAGGUAUUACUACAGCAUCAAAGAUAUCAGCAUUGGAGGACGAUGUGUAUGCCAUGGACAUGCUGACGUCUGUGAUGCCAGGGAUCCCACAGACCCUUACAGGCUACAGUGUGACUGUCAGCACAACACCUGUGGUGGGUCAUGUGAUUAUUGCUGCCCAGGCUUCAACCAGCUGCCAUGGAAACCAGCCACUACUGACAGCGCCAAUGAGUGUAAAUCCUGUAACUGCAAUGGCCAUGCCUUUGAUUGUUACUAUGACCCAGAGGUUGACCAUCACAAGGCUAGCAGAAACCAUGAUGGCCAAUUUGAAGGAGGAGGUGUGUGCAUUGACUGCCAGCAUCACACAGCAGGCAUCAACUGUGAGAGGUGUAGUCCAGGAUACUAUAAAUCCCCUGAUCAUUCAGUAGACUCGCCAUAUAUUUGUUAUCGUUGCAGUUGUGACUCAGACUUCAUGGAUGGCACUUGCGAGGACCUCACUGGCCGCUGUUACUGCAAGCCGAACUACACAGGGGAGCACUGUGACUCUUGUGCAGAUGGUUACGUGGACUUCCCACACUGCUAUCUGAUUUACUCCUCCAAUAACACUGGAGAGCAGGUCCUUCCAGCUGGGCAGAUAAUAAACUGUGACUGCAACGUUGCUGGGACUAGAGGGAAUGCCUGCCGGAAAGAUGCCCAAACGGGUUUGUGUUUGUGCAAGCCCAACUUUCAAGGGACCCAGUGUGAUCAGUGUGUGCCUGGGUACUAUGGACCAAGUUGCCAAUCUUGCCAGUGCUCAGGUCCUGGCUACUAUGAUGGCACAUGCGACAAUGAGACUGGCCAGUGUCUGUGUCGAGCAGGAUUCGAAGGCUAUGCAUGUAAUCAGUGUGCCCCUGGCUACUUCAGCUACCCACUGUGUCAACUUUGUGGCUGCAGUGCUGUUGGGACAUUGCCAGAAGGAUGUGAUGCCUCUGGAAGAUGCUACUGUCGGCCUGAGUACGAUGGGCCUCAUUGUGACCAGUGCAGUUUUGGAUAUCACUCCUAUCCUCACUGCCAAGCCUGCUCCUGUGAUCCCCGGGGCUCUCUGGACAAUGACUGCAGCCCAGUUGGUCAGUGCCAAUGUCACACAAAUUACAUAGGUCAUUCAUGCAACCAGUGUGCACCAGGCUUCUAUGGGUUCCCAACUUGCACAGCUUGCCACUGUUCCAUAGAAGGCUCUCUCUAUGGUAGCUGUGAUCAGGAGACAGGGCAAUGUAGUUGUCGUCCAAGAGUAACUGGACUGCGCUGUGAUACCUGCAUUCCAGGGGCUUAUGCAUUUCCACAGUGUGAAGUGGGCUCUUGUAAUCCUGCAGGCCUUGCAAGUUCAGAUCCUUCCAUAUCAGGGGGUUCCUGUGACUGUCGGGCAUAUGUGGAAGGUGAAGCCUGUGAUCUGUGCAAGCCGCUCUACUGGAAUCUGACUCCAGAUAACCCAUAUGGAUGCAUGAGCUGCCAGUGUGACACCAUGGGGACAAUCGCAGGUGUUGCUGAAUGCCAGCAAGGUGAUGGGCACUGUUUCUGCAAGCCCAACAUCUGUGGCCAGUUCUGUUCAGCAUGCAGAGAAGGAUACUACAACUUUCAGAGCGGAAAUUACUUUGGCUGUCAAGGCUGCCAUUGUGACAUCGGUGGGUCAAUUGGGCCCGUGUGUGAGGAGAAGACAGGAGCCUGUCACUGCCGGCUGAACACCCAAGGUCCCACAUGCUCUCAACCAGCAAAAGACCAUUAUAUCCCUGAUCUUCACCACCUGAAAUAUGAGUUGGAAGAAGGAACUACUCUGGAUGGACGUCCUGUUCGUUUUGGCUACAAUCUCCUGGAAUUUGAGAAUUUCAGCUGGAGAGGAUAUGUGCUAAUGUCUUCCAUUCAGAAAAAAGUCAAAGUCACGGUGCACGUGAGAGAAGCAGAGCUCUACCUCUUCCAUGUCAUCCUCAGAUAUGUAAAUUCAGGAGGUUCCACUGUGUAUGGCAAAAUUACAUCUUAUCAGCCACGAAGAAGAGGUACAGAGCAGACCAAGCAGAUUGUGUUUCUACCCACCAAGGAGCCAGCUUUUGUCACUGUUCCUCAGAAUAGCUUUGGUGAGCCAUUUGUGCUGAGCCCUAAUGUAUGGUCUCUAAUAAUUGAAGUCGAGGGCGUAUUACUGGAUUACCUGGUCCUACUGCCCAGCUCAUACUAUGAGGCUCCCAUAUUGCAGCUGAAAGUCUCGGAUCCUUGUACCUAUAGCCCAGCACCUGAACAAGUCAGUCAAAACUGUCUCUUGUACAAGUACUUGCCUGUGGAACACUUUCCCUUUAUGUCAGGAGAAGACGCCAUUUGCAAGUUGGACAAUAGCUUACUGAGACCCUGUCCCAAGGAGCAGAUCACCCCCGUGUAUCCCGAGAUGGUGAUAUGUCAUGGCAAUGACGUAGAAGUACAGCUGUGGAUUGAUGUACCCCACCCAGGGAAAUAUGCACUUCUGGUGGACUAUGCCAACAGUAAUAGUCUGCAGAUGGUCGAUGUAGCAGUGAGUGCACCCCAUCUUGCACCCCAGCAGGGCACACUUGCUCUAUACACCUGCAAGUACAGUUUCCUUUGCCGUGGGCUGGUUUUAGAUUCGCUCAAUCGCUUGGCAGCUUUUGAACUGGCUACAGAGGCUUCAGUUCAGCUCACAGUGGACCAGGCCCAUUUCUUCCUGUACAAAGUGUACCUGGUCCCAUAUGAACAAUUCACUUUGGAGUUUGUGGAGCCAAAGGUCCAUUGCAUCAGUGUCCAUGGAGCAUUCUCACCAAACAGCAGCUCCUGUGUCCCAUCGAGGUAUCAAAAGAUCUCCCAGUCAGUUGCUCUUGAGGAAGGGCAGUUCUUGCCAGUUGCUCCAGACUUGCCCCUGAUUCAUGCCUUGAGCAUUCCACCAGCAGGUAUCCUGCCUGUAUCUUUGCUUCGACCUCCAACCUUGGUAGACUCUUCUGCAGAACUUAUCCUGCUACAAGCUCCCCAGACAGCCAUUGUGUUCAAUGGCCGCAUCCAGAGUCUGGGGCGUUAUGCCUUCAUUCUGCACUGUUACCAGCCGAGUCACCCAACAUUCCCUGUCGAAGUGCUGAUCAAUGGUGGACGGAUUUGGCAUGGUCAAGCUAAUGCAACUUUCUGUCCACAUGGAUAUGGUUGCCGGAGCCUGGUGGUUUCUGAGAACCAGAUCAUCCUGGAUGUUACAGAUAACGACCUGAAUGUGAUCAUUCGUGUGCCAGAGAACCAGCACCUUUGGCUGGAUUACAUCCUUGUGGUUCCUGAAGACAGUUAUGGCUCCAGCUACCUUUUAGAGGAACCACUGGACAAGUCCUAUGAUUUCAUCAGCAACUGUGGAAUCAAUAGCUUCUAUAUCAACCCUGUAACAUCGUCCAAGUUCUGCCAUGACUCUGCCAUCUCGAUCUCUCUCUUUUACAACAAUGGGGCCCAACCAUGCCAUUGCCACGAGGCAGGUGCCAUCCGGAGCCAGUGCGAGUCAUUUGGUGGCCAGUGUGCUUGCAAGUCAAAUGUCAUUGGGCGACAGUGUUCCCGCUGCGCCACUGGUUACUGGGGCUUCCCCAGCUGCAGACCCUGUGACUGUGGAACUCGCCUGUGUGAUGAGCUGACAGGACAGUGCAUCUGUCCACCACGCACCAUCAAACCAGAGUGCAUAGUCUGUGAGCCCCAGACCUUUGGCUGCCACCCGCUAGUUGGCUGUGAGGACUGCAAUUGCUCUCGCACGGGGAUCCAAGAUCUCACAGAGCCAGGUUGUAACAUAGAGAGUGGACAGUGCAGGUGCAAACCCAACAUAGUAGGACGUCAGUGUGAUCUCUGUGCCCCGGGCUACUAUGGUUAUCCAAACUGCAGAAGGUGUGACUGUCACCAGGCAGGGACAAAAGCAAGUGUAUGUGAUCCAGUCACUGGGCAGUGUCACUGCAAGGAAAACGUGGAAGGUCCAAGGUGUGACCAGUGCCAUCUGGGAACUUUCUCUUUAGAUGCCAGCAACCCAAAAGGCUGCACCAGCUGCUUCUGCUUUGGGGCAACAGACCGCUGUCACAGCGCUCAGAAGUAUCGUACAGAGUUUGUUGACAUGACUGGCUGGACUUUGCUGAGUGGAGACCGCCAGGAAGUACCUACCUUGGUCACCCUAGAAGACAGGACCGUUCGUGCUGAUCUGAGAAAUUUUCCUGAGGUCUUCCAGGAACUUUAUUGGCAUGCCCCCCACUCAUAUCUUGGAGACCAGAUUUUCUCCUACGGUGGGUACUUGCGUUAUGAGCUGCACUCAGACCCUUUGAGGGGUGAUGUGUUCAUACCAAUGGAAUCGCGACCUGAUGUCAUCCUCAAGGGAAACCAAAUGAGCAUUAUGUUUCUUGAAAGCAGCAGCUAUCCCAACCUUGGUGAAGUCUAUGAAGGGCGGCUCCAGCUUUUGGAGGAUAACUUCAGACAUACUGCAACACACAACCCGGUUUCCAGGGAAGAGCUGAUGAUGGUUCUGGCUAAGCUAGAGCAGCUACAGAUCCGGGCCCUCUUCUCCCAGAUCUCAUCCUCUGUUUCCCUGAAAGAAGUAAUCCUAGAGAAGGCAACAGAGACUGGUGAGGGCAUCCAAGCCUCCAAUGUGGAGCUCUGCAUGUGCCCAGCCAACUACAGAGGAGAUUCCUGCCAGGAAUGUGCUCCAGGCUAUUACAGGGACACCAAGGGUCUCUUCUUGGGAAAAUGUAUUCCAUGCAGCUGCAAUGGCCAUUCAGAUCAGUGCCUUCCAGGAUCUGGAAUAUGCAUUAACUGCCAGCACAACACGGAGGGCGAUCACUGUGAAAGAUGCAAGGAUGGUUUCGUGGGGAACUCUUCACUCGAUGGGCCUCUGCAGUGCAUAGGAUGCCCCUGUCCACUUUCAGUUGCUUCCAACAACUUCGCCAUUGGAUGUAUCCACAAAGGCUCUACCACUCAAUGUCUUUGCAAGCCUGGUUACGCUGGAGUUUCCUGUGAACGGUGUGCUCCAGGUUACUAUGGAAACCCAUUAGUGAUUGGCAGUUCCUGCCAGCCUUGCGAUUGCAGUGGGAAUGCUGACCCCAACAUGCUCUUCAGUGACUGCGACUCCUUGACAGGAUUCUGCACGGGAUGCAUGUACAACACAGCAGGGCCCCAGUGUGAAGUUUGUGCCCCCGGUUUUCAUGGUGAUGCACUGUUGGCAAAGAACUGCACUGAAUGCAGCUGCAUGCCCUGUGGGACUGAGUCAUGUGAUUCCAGAACGGGCCAGUGUCACUGUAAGCCUGGAGUGACAGGUCAGCACUGUGACCAAUGCCAGGAAGGGCACUAUGGCUACGAAACAUGUUCUGGCUGCCGGAAGUGCGACUGCGAUAUUGGAUCUGUGAGUGCGGACUGCCAUGCCCAGAGUGGCCACUGUAGUUGCAACCCUGGUGUGAGUGGCUCUCGUUGCCAGCAGUGCAGCCCUGGCUAUUGGGGCCUCAGCCCGAACGGCUGCUCAAAAUGUCACUGCAGAGGAGGCUCCUGUAACCCCCGGACAGGAGAGUGCACCUGUUCCAAUGGCUUGACAGGGAAGCAGUGUGAUACCUGUGUAAAGAAGCAUGAGAUCCCUGUGGUGGACGGCCCAGACCACAUGAGAUGUGAAGCUUGUGACAGUUGCGUACUACUCCUGCUGGAAGAUCUCCAGAAGAUUGAAAGCUCAUUCCCUGCCCUCCGGCACCAAUUGACAAGCCUCAAUGCCACCUCCAUCGCAUGGACCCGUCUGCAUAGCAUCAAUGGCUCAAUGCAAACCCUCACUAACCAUCUGCGUGAGUAUCAGAGAACCUUAAAUAGGGCCGGGCAACAGGCAGAUGAGCUGGAAGAAGAGAACAUAGACUUUGUUCAGGAUUUAAAUGCACUUCAGCACAAGGCAACAAUGACACACAGGAAAGCAAACCAUGUCAUGGACAGCUCAGAGAAGAGCCAUCUUCAAGCUGAGAGCCUUAAUUUGGAUAUCAGGAACAUUCGGAACAAAAUUGAUGAUCUUAUAUACCAGAUGAGAACGGUUACUACUACAAAUGCCAGCACCACCUCAGCAGAAGAGUUCCGGCAGAAGAUGGCUGAGGUUGAUGCAAUGCUGAGGUAUAUGAAGGCCAUGGAUUUUGGUUUCCAAAGAACAACAGCUGUUGAGGAGAAUGAUGAAGCUCAGAAAUUGCUGGAUCGUGUGAAAGCUGAGCUUUCCAACAAGUUGGAAUCCAACCAAGAACUAGUGAACCAGAUCAACGACCAAUUGGAUCCGUACAGCUCAUUGCUCAUGGACCUGCGAGAUGCUCUGAACGAAGCUGUGAAUAAAACCCGUCAGACAGAGGAUCUCAGCAGCCUAAAUCGUAAUCAUCUGGAGGAAAGCCAGCGAAAGAUCAAGGAGCUAAAGGAACAAUAUGCUAUGGCCCAGGACACUUUGCUUAUGGCUGAGGACUCCCUGGCUCAGGUUUCUGAUUUUCUGCAGAUAAUACAAAAUAUCAAGGAGGAGUCUGAGAAGCUAGCAGCCCAGCUGGAUGGAGCCAGAUACCCUCUGUCAGAGAAGGCAAAGGAGUAUUCUCUCACUAGGAAUACGAUUAGCAGAGUUGAGGAGGCUGAAGAGCGUGCAAGGUUUCUAGAUGAACUGGCACGAAACCUGUCUAGCAUCAUCCAUGGCACAAACCAAGACGGAUUUAUCCAGCGAGCAAUCAAUGCCUCCAACGCCUAUGCCAGCAUCAUUGAGGCAGUAAAGAAUGCACAGAAAGCAGCUAAUGCAGCUGCUAGUGAAGCAGUGACGAAUGCCAUCUUGGGUGAUCUUGGGGCCAAGGCAGAAGAGGCGAAGAAAAACAGUAGUGCCCUAGAAGAAGCUGUGAAGAGGCAACAGAGGAAACUCAGAGGAGACAUCAAGGAGGCACUACAGGCAGCCAAGGACAAGUUGGCUGGCAGCCAAACAAAGAAGGAACAGCUUCGAAAUCAGCUGCAGUCCAUACAGAGCACGUUGGACACGGUCCAAGAUGGCACAGCAGUGGCAAUCCAGAAUGUCAAAGAUGCUGCCAUGAAAGCCAAUGAGACAGCAACAAGGAUUGAAGAAAAAUUGAGUGGCAUGAAAACGAACCUGGAUGAAUGGAAGGAACAAUAUGGAGACCUCAGAAGUGAAGAUUUAAAUCGGGCUGUUCAGGAUGCCAAGAAUACUGUAUCAAGCCUUGAAAGCACCGUCCCGCUCCUCCUGGGCAAGUUGAGCAGUCUGGAGAACAGAAAGAGCCACAAUGCCACCGUUGCAGAUAAUAUCCUGCGGGUGCGCCAGCUGAUAUCCUUGGCCCGGAAUGCUGUUAGUAAGAUCAAAGUCCCCGUGAAGUUCAAUGGCACAUCAGGUGUGCAAGUCCGAACUCCCAGCAACCUCCAGGAUUUGGCUGCUUACACCUCCCUAAAAUUCUAUAUCCAGAACCCGGAGCCUAAAGAGAGAGAGAACAACCAAAAUGGAGGCAACAGAGGGCGCUUUGUGUUGUAUCUGGGACACAAGAAUGCCACCGGUGACUACAUGGGCAUCAUCCUGAGAGACCGCAAAGUGCAGUGGGUCUAUAAACUGGGGGAUGAGGAGCCGGCACAUUUAACAGUUGAUGAGGAAAUUGGAGAACAGUUUGCUGCAGUCAGCAUCAACAGGAUCCUGCAGUACGGACAAAUGUCUGUGACGGUAGAAAAGCAAACACUGCACGAAACAAAAGGAGAUAGUGUUGCCAAAGGAGAGCAGGGGCUGUUCAACUUCAAGCCCCACAACGUGGUCUUGUAUGUGGGCGGCUAUCCCUCCAACUUCAAGCCUCCUGCACCUCUGCGCUAUCCUGGCUACCAGGGCUGUAUAGAGAUGGACACCCUCAAUGAAGAAGUAGUAAGCCUCUACAACUUCCAGCGCACUUUCCACUUAGACACCGCAGCUGACAGGCCCUGUACAAGGUCUAAAUCAACGGGUGAUCCCUGGCUGGCUGAUGGCUACUAUUUUGAUGGCACUGGCUAUGCAGAAAUCACAUUUGAGAGCCAGAUUGGCUUAGUUAAACGUUUUGAUCAAGAGAUGCGGCUGGUAUUCUACAAUGGGAUCAUUUUCUUCCUGAAAUAUCAGAGCCAGCUGCUGUGUUUGGCUGUUCAAGAAGGAAAGCUGGUGCUGUACUAUGAUUUCAAUGGAGGCCUAAAGAUGGCAUCACCCUUAAAAGAACCCGCCAACCUGAUUGUCAGCAGCAACACAAAUAAAGCGAUCCAAGUUUUCCUCUUCAAAAGGAGUAGCAAGGACCAAAUUCUAGUGCGUCUAGAACAAUCCACCAUCUUCAUGUUAGAGCAGGAAAACGCCUUACAGAAUGCCAGCUCCUAUUACCUAGGCGGUGUGCCGGUGUCCAUCCUGCCCGAGAGUUUGAGGAAGAUAUACCCCAAAGGUGGAUCCAUCAGGGGCUGCAUGAAAGGCUUGAAGGCUAGUAACAAAUAUGUUGACUUAAAGCGUAUGAAAACCACUGGAGUGAGUUAUGGGUGUACCUUGGACCUCCUGGUGGCUCGCUCGGUGAAGCUCCAUGGCCAUGGCUACUUAACUCUGUCGCUGAGGAAUGUACCCUCUUUACAAGACUUCUACACUGGCUUCAGCUUCCGCACCAGCCAGAGCCACGGUCUGAUGUACCACCAUGCCACAGAGGAUGGAAUCUGCCAGGUAGCGUUGGAAAAUGGCAAAGUGGCAAUAAGUGUCUUGACCACAGAGCUCACCACAAAGAACACAUAUGCAGAUGACACCAGCCACUACGUUGCCAUCUACAGUGACUCUGCUGGGGUCCGGCUUUACGUUGAUGACCAGCUUCAGGAAACCACACAAGGGCCUGAUAGCCGCAGGAGGCAGAAGCGGCAGGAUGAGCAGGCAUUGUUUCGACUGGGUGGCAUGCCCGAAGCAAGCGACAUUGGCAACCUCACCGGUUGCAUUGGGAACGUCUUUGUCAGGCGGAAGUCAGACCCACAGAUGGUCGUGGACCUGCAGCAGAGCAGCGAGAGCAUCAAUGUGACCAUGAACUGUCCCAAGGAUCGGCAGCCACAGCAGAUGAGAGUGUCCAAGAAGGGCAGGUGGAAACCGAAGGUGACUACUAAGACAAUGCUGAAAGACAUGAAUUGCCAACUAUCCAAAUUCCCCAAAGCUGUUAAAAAUAGUUUCCAGUUUGGUGGAUCCUCUGUGAGCCGUUUAGAAUUUGAUGAUAUUCCAGCAACGUUCCAGAAAAGGUUCCAUUUCUCCUUGGAGGUCAGACUGAACUCAUCCAAUGGUCUGCUGUUUUACAUGGCCAAUGAAUCCAUGGGCUCCUUCCUUUCCCUGUUUGUCUCCGGUGGCCGCUUGGUGCUCUUGGCUGACAUCAGCAGGAAUCAACUGAGACUCAGGAGCAAAGACAAAUACAAUGAUAGAAAGUGGCACACAGUCUUCUUCAGCAGAGACAGAAAGAGAGUUCAGCUUGUUAUUGAUGGACUGAGAACCCUGGAGAAGCCGCUGCCCAGUGCUGGAGACUCUGAAAUCCCUGGUCCUUUUUAUGUGGGUGGAGCCCCUGUAGAGAAAGCCAAGGCUCAUAUACCGGAUGCUUCUGCCACCAGCUUUGACGGCUGCCUCAGGAACCUGAAACUGGACCAGAAGCCUCUGGAUUCUCCAUCCCGCGUGUUUGGUGUGACACCUUGUUAUGUGGGUCCUUCAGAAAGCGGCAUCUUUUUCUCUGCCGAGGGAGGAUACGUGACUCUAGACAAGUCUGUGGCUAUUGGGGAGGACUUUGAGUUGAUGCUGGAAAUCCGCCCACGGAGUGAGUCCGGUCUUGUGUUUCACAUCGGCACAAGCCAAACAAACUACCUCAGGCUGUUCACAGACAGCCAAAAGGUCACUGUGAUUGCAAAUACUGGGGCAGGGGAAUUCUCCACGUCUGUGGCCCACUCUUCACUCUGUGAUGGCCAGUGGCACACAAUAGCAGUCAUCAAAGGCAGCAACGUGAUCCAGGUAGAUGUGGACACAGAGGGAAAUUAUACAGUGGGACCUAAUCAAAUCCACCCUGCCGCCAUCAGAGAAAACGUCUACCUUGGUGGAAUGCCGGAAGCCACCCGUGUCGGUCUUGUUCCAUCGCUGCAUGCAGCUCAUCCCUCACCUUACGUUGGCUGCAUGAAGAACUUGGUGAUAAACCAGAACCAAAUUGACCUGAGGCAAGAUGGGGCAGUCAUGGGGCCAGUGGGGCUUAAAGGCUGCCCCUUGGUCUAAGGACAAUCUGUCUGCAAAUGUCCGCACUACAGGAAGCUGCACCACCCUCUGAGGCCAGCAGGUUUGCCCUUUGCCAUGCCUGCCCCGGUACUCCCUGCCUCCUGGGUUCAAUAGGCUGGGGGUGUCCUGAGCACCUUUGUCUUUGUACCACAUUUACACUUUUCCUUCCAUGUCCACAGUAAGGAAUUUUGAAGAGUGCAAGAGGUGUGCACACCACGAGAACUAUGAGGAGUUAAAGCACAAGGGGCAGUUUCUCUCCUGUGAAAUUUGUGAACAUCCCCUCAAACCGACAAGCUAAAGAGCAGGGACACAUUAUUUUAACCAUGGCCACAUGCGAAUGCAUUGUUGGUGACAAAGUUUAGCUUGUUCAAAUUGCAUUUCAUACCUUUCAUACAGCCAGCCUGGUCUAGCUACUGACUAUAAAUAAAUCAAGAACCACCUGCAGGCUAAAGAAGCUAACAUCUAAGGGUCAGAGCUACUUCCACUAUGUCUCCCCCACCAGGCACACAUAUGGGGAAUAUGAUAUUUAAUAAGUGCUACAACUUCAGAUGUCAUCUAUGUAGGGAAAUGAUGCACGAGCACACACGCUUGUCCAUCCUAUCCCGCAUUACAUCAGCCCAUGCACCUCAGUCCAAGACAACCUCUCUUGCCACGCUGGAUAUGGCAUUCUAACACUUGUUAGUAAAUACCUGGCCUCCUCACCAGUUCUCAAGCUAACAGAGUGCAGAGCACUAAGAUACCUUUUGCAGGGAAGGGGGCCCUCGUGGCACUGCUUCCUGACUUCUUGCUCAUUUAACAUCUUCCACCUCCCUACCCAGCCCCUGCAAUAUAUGGUUCACUGCUGCACUUAGGCACGUCCUUAUAUAUAUUUGUGUGUAUAUUUCUCCUCACAUGGGACAAGAGGUUGGUUCUGAAAUGAACUUUAUAACUUAUCAAUAUAUUGGUUUUUAAUGCCGGGGUAAAUAUUGUAAAAUGGGUUUAACAAAUUCAUUUUUUCCUCUCAAUGUAAUUAUUUUUUUUUUUAAACUGUGCUGUUGAGGGAUGAUCUCUGUAAAUCAUUGGUACAUACUUUUGAUUCAAAUAAAAUUUUAUGGUCUAUACUUUGUACAAA